UGGUGAUGUCACACCGGAAGUACACUUCUGACGGCGCUGCACUGACCUGAAAACAACACGGGACCGACACAAACCAUCACACCGACAAACCACCACGGACUACGGCUCAUGACAUCUGCGUAGAGGCACGGCCUUUUGUCUGAACAAUGGAGAAACCUCCCUUUAGGCAAAACCAAUGCUGCGGUGACUGGGAACUCAAGGAAAGGCUUGGCAUGGGAGGGUUUGCUCAUGUAUACCUCUAUCAGCAUGUUGUAACAAAUGAAAAACUAGCUGUCAAAAUGUGUCGUCUAGAGUUAACACCAAGGAAUGGUGAGAGAUGGGGACGAGAAAUACAGAUCAUGAAAAAGUUAAAUCAUAUAAAUGUGGUGACAGCCCGGGACGUUCCUGAAGAAAUUGCCCAUAUAGCCUUAAAUGAUCUUCCACUGCUGGCCAUGGAGUACUGUUCAAGAGGAGACCUAAGAAAGGUGCUGAGCAAACCCGAAAACUGCUGUGGUUUAAAAGAAAGUGAAGUGCUUUCAUUACUCAGUGAUGUUGGGUCCGGCAUCCAGUAUCUCCAUGAAAACAAGAUUAUACACAGAGACCUUAAACCUGAAAACAUAGUUCUACAAGAUAUUAAUGGAAAGCUGGUUCAUAAAAUCAUUGACCUGGGCUAUGCAAAAGAUUUGGACCAAGGCAGUCUUUGUACAUCUUUUGUCGGCACUCUACAGUAUCUGGCCCCAGAACUUUUUGAAAAUAAGCCAUACACUGUUACUGUGGACUACUGGAGUUUUGGUACAAUGGUUUUUGAAUGUAGCUGUGGAUUUCGUCCAUUUUUUCAUAAUCUUCAACCUGUGCAGUGGGUAAGCAAAGUGCGAAAUAAAGGACCUAAAGAUAUCAUGGCAGUGGAGGAACCAACUGGAGAAGUAAAGUUUUCCAAACACCUGCCAAACCCCAAUAAUCUUAGCAGACCACUAUUGGAGCCAAUGGAGGAAUUACUUCAGCUCAUGUUAAAAUGGGAUCCUGUUCAUAGAGGAGGCAAAGUCAACACGGAAAAUAAAAAGCCACAGUGUUUUGAAGUCCUGGAGCAGAUACUUAGUAUGAAGGUGGUUCAUAUUCUCAACAUGGUGACGGCGCAGGUCCAUUCAUUUCAGUUGACUCCCGACGAAACACUCUACAGUCUCCAGAAACGCAUUGAGGCUGAGACCAAGAUCGAAGUCGUGAAUCAAGAGCUGCUUCAAGAGACUGGAGUGUCCCUUGAUCCACGCAAACCAGCUGCCCAGUGUGUCCUAGAUGGAGUGAGGGGCUGGGAUAGCUACAUUGUCUACUUGUUUGACAAAAGCAUGACCAAGUACAUUGGCCCCCUCAGUGCCAGACAGCUGCCUGAAAAAGUCAACACUAUUGUUCAAGAACCCAAAACCCAAGUGUCAUUAGUGGUGCUAAAGAAGAUUUGGGGGCAGGCAGUUAGUUAUAUCUGUGGUCUAAAGGACGACUACAGCAGACUUUUCCAGGGACAGAGAGCUGCUAUGUUAAGUCUUCUGAGGUACAACACAAACCUGACCAGGCACAAAAACGGCAUGUUUGGAUUUUCUCAGCAAUUGAAAGCCAAACUCGACUUUUUUAAAAUCAGUAUUCAGUACGAUCUGGAGAAGUACAGUGACCAGAUGCACUAUGGCAUAUCCUCUGAAAAGAUGCUGAAGGCCUGGCAGGAAAAUGAACAAAGAGCAGCUGCUUUUGCACAGGUGGCAGAAGUCGGCCAUUUAGACGAUGAGAUCAUGGCUCUUCACUCUGAAAUAGUGGAACUACAAAGAAGCCCCUACGCUCGUCGCCAAGGAGACAAGAUCGGGCAGCUGGAAGACAAGGCAAUCGAGCUUUACAAACAGCUGAAAAUGAAAUGCAAAAUCCCUGAGUCAGAUGUGAGCUCAGACAGCUCUGAGAUGGUGAAGGCCAUUAUUCAGACGGUUCAAAACCAGGACAAGGUCCUCAAAGAUCUGUACACACACCUCAGUAAAAUCCUGAUCAGCAAACAGAAGAUCAUCGACUUGUUUCCACGGAUCGAGAAAACGCUAGAAAACAUCAAAGAAGCCGACAACACAGUGAUGCAGAUGCAGAACAAUAGGCAGAGGGAGUUCUGGCAUUUGUUGAAGAUCGCAUGUGCUCAGAACUCCUCGAGAAACUCAAUCGCUGUGAGUCCAGAGUCAUCCAACCUGCUGCAGGUGUCCCAUUGGUCACCGGCACAGUCGGCCCAACCGGUCAGCUCGCCACACCCCCUCACCUCUCUGCCUGGACCCAACGACAGUGACGCAGCCCCACGCCUGCUCCAGGAGAACCAGAAGUACCUCAGUCAGCUGACCAGCCUCAUGCAGGAAGCUGCUGACGAUCAGGCCAAGAGUAUAGUGGACCAAGACUGGAGUUGGACAAAGUAUGAAACAUUAACGACAAAAUUAAAAAAGCGAAAUGCUUAAGACCCUUGGGUGUGUGGGUCCUGGCCUGUGCUCCAAGUAACACUAAGGACAAAAGCUGUUAACUCAGUGGAUGGAGUCUUUGUACAGUUGGACUUUGGAUUAACUCAGCCCUUGUCUCGAAUCUAAAAAACAGAUCUGAUAUAGACCUUGUUAUGGUGUAUCGUUGGGACUGUUUUAAAGGAGAAAACACUGAAUCUUUGUAACAUAAGCGGUUUCCACUACGUGUGUACAUACAGUAUCGCAAUGUUUUUCCUUUUUUGAACAAUUUUAAUCCUCGCUCAUGGUAUGGAUUAAGUAGAUUGACUAUUUACUGCUGUUGAACAUUGAGCCACCUGUAGCACGUGUGGAAGUGAACACAACAGAAAAAGAACAGGGUCAGUGUGGGACAAUCAGUUAAGCCCAAAAUAUACAUAAAGUUAUUGAAUUAUUGAGAUUAUUCUGGUUGAAAACAGCAAAUCAAAUGGCAAAUGACUGGACAACAUUGUGAGAGUUGUAAGAUACUGUUUUAAAAGUAUUGCCUUAGUUUUCAUUUUUCACUCAAUGCACUGCAGCUCUCCACUGAACCACAUGGUGUCACACUUUUUAAUAAAACGCAAAAGGCUAUUAUUGUUACUGGACUGAAAUAAUAUCUUAAUUUAUUUCCUCUUCAGCUGUUGAUCUUUUUGCAUUUAUAGGUGUGGGUUGGACCCUUUACUUUUUGCCCAUUUUCGGCCUAUAUAUAAUAUAGGUUUAGUAAUAUAAUAUUUUUUAGGACUUAUCAGGCAUAAAAACAUGACAAGAAAAAAAAUGUAUCAACAUUUCAACCCUGUUCUUUGCCAGUCAUUUCUGUACUUUUACAGUUAAUCUCUGUCCUGGGUUUUGGUAUGAAUCAUUUUGGGCAUAACUUCAGCGUAAACAGGGGAAGUUGGGUGGAGCUUUCAAGGAAAUUGUAAUCAAGCAAGCAGCACUUUGAUGACGCCUCCUAUAUCUUCUGUAAAGAGAUGCCCAGAUAAAACCCUAGCUGUCAAACAAGCUUGGAUUUACAAAACAAAAACUAUUACUCAGUUCCUAUUGAUUUUUUUUUUUUUUUACACUUUGUGGGUGUUAGAAAUAUAUGUAAAUGUUGAUUUUUUUUUAAACCUAGUGUUACUCAUAGGCAGAGGUGUCUUGUUUAUUUCUGUGACAAAGUGGCUGGCCAUUAUGUUAUAUACGGUCUAUUCUCCAUCUUUAUAAUGUCUCACAGGGUUUUAUUGUCUUAUGUGCACUUUGUUUGGAUAAUGGUUUCUUUGUGUGGCUCUGUAUAGUUAGUACAUGGGUCACGAGAAUGAAUUGUCACUUUCUAAGGCAAUGAAUAGGUGCAGUGAUGGCUAUUGAAGACAUUACAAGGGAAAUAAAAUGAGAAAAUGCCUCAAGAAGGUUACUAUGAGCCACUGAAAUUGACCUUGUGGGUUGUAUUUAUGAAGUUUAAGUGCAAUGGAAAAAAUAUAUUUUGUAUUUAAUUCUCUUUCCAUUUGACAGUUUGUUUCCAUCUGUUUGGUUUUAUUUGUAGAAAAUGUUCAUUGUAUAAAGAUCCAAUGUUUGCUUGAUAUUAAAAUAAAAUCAGUUUGGCAUGAGUGUGAGAUUGUUUUUCUGCACAACC